AUGUAUGUACAAACGCCCAAAAGACCAAUGUUACCAUCGACUCCAACAAACUAUGGGAAGACAGUUUUACCGCCAUUGUCGUCUAUACUUUCUUUGAACAAGCCAGAAAGUCCUCCCGAAAAUCCAAUACUAGCUGCGGAUAUUCUAGACAAGACGCCUAGGGUGCAAACAGAUGCUAAUGUUGCAAUAAGGUAUCAACCCCACAUAAGGCAGUCAGAAUCACACGCUGGAUUUUCAAGACCAAGAGUUGGAGAAGUGGAAUGCAAGCAAUCCGAAGAAAUUCAAGUCUGUAAAAUCAAGAGAGAGGACAGUAGAAGUAACUCAAUCAAAAAGCAACUAAGAAGAUCUAGUGUGGAAUCAAAAGCUUUCGCAUUUAUUUCUCACUCUCCUGCCACUUUUCCAUCACAAGAGCCAAGCAUUGACAAUAUUCCACUUGCCAGAAGAAAGAGAAGAAGAACAUCACCAAAUGAGUUAUCCAUUUUGAACACAGAAUUUGAUUUAGGCUCAACUCCUAAUAAAUCAAGAAGAAUUGAGAUUGCCAGCAGACUAUCAAUGUCAGAAAAAGCUGUUCAAAUAUGGUUUCAAAAUAAAAGGCAAAGUCUUAGAAAACAAAGUAACUGUGAAAGGGAAGUAACUGUUCUUCCACCGACUCCGCCAGUGUCUGCGACAUUGGUUUCUUCAACACCGGUUAAACCAGUCCUUGGUAAGUCACAAUCUUUCAUAAACAGCCCUACUGUUAUCGAUAACCAGUCUCCAGUCACAUAUAGAUCUAAUUCGAUACCAGUUUUUCUGAAUCCUCACAGUUCCACGGUUACACCACUAGCAAAUAAGACGGUCAAACAAUUGAUAACGCCAAAUUCAUCGUUUAUCAAUGAAGAAUCGAGCACUUCUGUUGACAGUAUUAACACUUUAGUCUUGAAUGAGACGAGGAAAAAACAACCAGAGUUUCUAAAUUCGACGAGCUCAAGUACAAUGACUUUCAAAUUGACUCCAGCUACUAGAUCACCAUCAACUGCUAAGAAUCAAAAAUUGAACGGUUUCAGUGAGAAGGAAAGCUUAAGUUCUAAAACUAGCAUUAAUAGCAUUUUAAAUAACUUUCCAAGCACCAGACAACCGCUUGGAGAGAUAAACAUCAACAUAUCAAAGACAAACAAAAAAGUGAAAGACAGCGAAUGUGUCGAAAACUUAUUGUCUUUGAGAACAGGAAAUUGGAAGUAG